AUUAUUUUACUAUAUACUUUUUUUAUAUAAUUUUAUUUUUGGGUGAAAGUGCCCUUCUGAUUUAUUUAUCAGAUGUUACACGCAAUCACCUCUUCCUUUUUUCUUGGUUUAAAAACCCACAACUUGGAGACCUUCAAAACUUGAAACUUCAUUAUUUCAUCUUCUUCCUCCAUCUCCGCUCUUUCCCUGUUUUACAAGCAGCAAAGCUACACUUCCAACUAUGGAAGAUACUAAAAUGGAGGACUCUUCAAAUCAAAGGGAAAUGUCUCACGAAGAAAUGCCUGAAACACACAGCAAGGGUGGCCUCAUUACCAUGCCUUUCAUAAUAGCGAAUGAAUCAUUUGAGAAGGUGGCGAGCUAUGGGCUGGUUCCCAACAUGAUACUGUACCUGAUUAAAGAUUAUCACAUGGGAGUUGCUAAAGGCACCAAUAUUCUCUUUUUCUGGCAAGCUGCUACCAAUUUCACCCCUAUAUUGGGUGCUUUCGUCGCUGAUUCAUAUCUGGGUCGAUUCCUAACCAUCGGCUUGGGCUCCAUUUGCAGUCUCUUGGGGAUGAUACUUUUAUGGUUAACAGCCAUGGUUCCACAGUCAAAGCCUCUUCCCUGCGACCUAAUGACACAGACCUGCAGUUCUCCAACAUCGGCGCAGAUGACUCUAUUAUUCUUCUCAUUUGUUCUCAUUUCCCUUGGAGCUGGUGGUGUUAGACCAUGCUCCUUGGCAUUUGGGGCUGACCAAUUGGACCGAAGAGAUAAUCCGAAAAAUGUCAGGGUCUUGGAGAGCUUCUUUGGCUGGUAUUAUGCAUCUGCAGCUAUAUCUGUUUUAAUUGCAUUGACGGGUAUUGUUUAUAUUCAAGAUCACUUUGGAUAUAGAGUAGGCUUUGGAGUUCCAGCAAUCUUAAUGUUGCUCUCCGCUCUUGUGUUUUUCCUUGCUUCUCCCUUCUAUCUUAAGCAGCAGGCAAGCAAGAGCUUGCUUACUGGCUUUGUUCAAGUAAUCAUCGUUGCUUAUAAAAACCGAAAUCUGACAUUUCCACUUCCAAACUCAACUGCAAGUUACCAUCAUAAAAGGGAUUCUAACGUUGUUGCACCAACGGACAAAUUAAGAUUUUUAAACAAAGCUUGCAUCAUCAAAAACCCCGAACAAGACAUUGCUCUGGAUGGCUCAGCCGCAAAUCCAUGGAGUCUUUGCACGGUAGAGCAAGUGGAAGAGCUAAAAGCGCUGAUUAAGGUCUUACCAUUGUGGUCUACUGGGAUCAUAAUGUCCAUAAAUUUAAGCCAAAACUCAUUUCCUGUGCUUCAAGCUAGCUCUAUGGACAGACACCUUACAAAAAAGUUUCAGAUUCCAGCAGGCUCUUAUGGGAUGUUCAACAUCAUCUCCCUUGCACUAUGGGUUAUUUUCUAUGACCGUGCGAUCCUCCCCAUGGCAUCAAAGAUCAAGGGUAAACCAGUACGGAUUGGUGUCAAACUAAGGAUGGGAAUUGGACUCUUUCUUACCUGCAUUGCUAUGGUAGUUUCAGCCAUUGUCGAGAAUGCACGACGAAAGGAAGCAAUUCGAUCCGGGUUUCAAAACAACCCUACUGCAGUUGUGAAAAUGUCUGCUAUGUGGCUUGUGCCACAGUUUUGCCUGAAUGGUUUUGCUGAGGCCUUCACUGCAAUAGGGCAGACAGAGUUCUUCUAUUCCGAGUUACCCAAGAGUAUGUCAAGCAUUGCCGCUGCCCUCUUCGGACUCGGAUUGGCUGUGGCAAAUGUGCUAGCUAGUGUUGUUGUGAGCAUCAUCGAUGAUAUUACUUCAAAAGGCGGUAAAGAGAGUUGGGUUUCGAGCAACAUAAACAAAGGUCGCAUCGACAACUACUAUUGGGUUCUUGCCAUAUUGAGUUUCAUCAAUCUGUUCUAUUACUUCCUCUGUGCCUGGGCUUAUGGACCGACGGGUCGACAAGCAACAAAAGUUAAAUCGAUGGCAGGAAGAUGAUUUGUCUAAUAUAGGAACCAAGGUUAAAACCUGAAGUGAAAUGGGUUGAAGAUUGUAGAAGAUUACACUGAUCGGAAAAAGCCCUUAUAUUUGUUAGCUUGAUGAUUGCUUUGGAAUGACUGUUGCAGUUCAAAAUUUGUCUACAUAUAAAAUAUAGUCUGGUGUUUAGUGAGUAGGAAAUAUAGUUUUUGAAACCAUAUAACAUCUUUUAUGCAUAUCAUUUGUGUGAAUUUCUUCUCCAAAA